UUUCCGCCGGUCUCUUUUCUCUCUCUCCACCACCUGUGUCUACUUCUUCCGAGUCUCCCGACUGAUGCUACUGCCGUACGCGUAUUGCUUUCCGGAGACUUCAAAGUCUCGCAGGCUGAAACUCGCCCCGGCAACGACGCCUCCGAUCAACUAGGAGCAGCUGCCAUGGAGGCUUCGCUAAGAGCACAUCGACCUGCGGCCCUCUUGAUCUUCGCAUUUCUCUCACUUCUCUCCGUCUCAUCAUCCGCCGCGCAGGAGAUCCAAAUUCUCAACGCCGAGCGUCGAAUUGACUUGAGUUCACAGGUUGCGAUUGUAUUCUUGACCCUGAAGGUUGAGAAUACGGGAAAGGCUGCUGCUUCCGACGUUCUUCUUGCAUUUCCUCCCACUGAAGCUGAGCAUCUCGCUGAAGUGAAGGCACAAGCGGCCUCGGGAAAGAAAAGGAAGAAAACAUAUGCUCAUCUCAUUGUGGAGCCAACAGAUGUACCUGACGCACCAAAUGGCGCUAAGGGUUUUCGAUUAGCUUUGCAUAAUCCUUUAAGCCCUGGGGAAACAACAACCAUUGAAGUUCUCUAUAUGUUGACCCAUUCUAUGGAACCUUUCCCUGCCGAGAUAAGUCAAUCAGAUCCACAGUUGGUAUACUAUCGUGAUAGUGCAUAUAUAUUGUCACCAUACCGUAUUAAGCAGCAGACAACUUUCAUCAAGACACCAAGCACAAAUGUACAAUCAUUCUCUAGAGUGGAACCAACCAAUAGAGCUGGUAUGGAACUUAAGUAUGGGCCCUAUGAAGAUCUACCAGCAUACUCGUACUCUCCAGUACUCGUUCAUUUUGAGAAUAACAACCCGUUUGCCGUUGUUGAGGAGCUUGUACGUGAAGUGGAAAUCUCGCAUUGGGGAAACCUUCAGAUAACGGAACACUAUACAUUAGCUCACGGUGGUGCUAAACUUAAAGGCGUGUUUUCUAGGGUUGAUUAUCAAUCCAGGCCAUCCGCUAGUGGUGUAUCUUCAUUCAAAAACCUUCUAGCUAGACUGCCGCCUAGGGUGCACUCUGUAUACUAUCGAGAUGAAAUCGGAAACAUUUCAUCUUCACGUCUUCGUACAGAUUCUCGCAAGUCAGAACUUGAAAUUGAACCUCGGUAUCCAUUGUUUGGAGGAUGGAAAUCCACAUUUAUAAUUGGAUAUGGCCUCCCAUUGGAAGAUUUCCUCUUUGAGUCCACUGAUGGAAAGAGAUAUCUCAACUUUACCUUUGGCUGCCCUCUUUCUGGGACUGUUGUAGACAAGUUAACUCUGAAGGUGGUGUUGCCAGAGGGAUCCAAAGAUCCUUCAGCCGUCAUUCCUUUUCCAGUGGAGGAACAUAUGGAGACAAAGUACUCAUAUCUUGAUGUUGUCGGAAGGCCAGUUCUUGUUUUAGAGAAGAAGAAUGUAGUUCCGGAGCACAACAUUCCUUUUCAGGUGUAUUAUACCUUUAACCCAAUCUUCAUGCUAGCAGAGCCGUUGAUGUUGGUUUCUACAGUUUUCUUCCUCUUCGCGUCUUGUGUAGCUUACCUACAUAUUGAUAUCUCAAUACGCAAGGGAUAGAAAUCCAGCUGUUCAUCCAAGCUUCAUAGACGUCUGCUUGGCUUGGUUAAUGGCAAAGUUGGACCAAUUCAGGCAUAGGACUUCUCAUGCACUGACUGCAGGUUCUUUCUGAAAUUUUGUAGAAUGGUUUGCUGAUCUUUAAAAGACCUGCGUUGAGUUUGUACUUCUAGAUCCUCUAUCCUUAAGGGCACCAUGGAAUCAUGGUUGUAUCGGUAGAAAGCAAGGAAAUGACUCUUAUAAUAGAGCAUAGCACAAUGUUGCAUACACUGUUUCCCUCGAUAUCUUUAGUAAACUGCCGAGUCUGAUAUUUCCUGUGGUUGAUAGUCCUGGUGAUGGCUGAUUUCAGUUUUGUCCAACUCUAUUGCCAAAGAUGCAUAAGAAUCCUGCUUCGAACCAUCAAAUUAUGUAUGUUCUAGACGACGUCGGGCAUUCUACCUAGAGCAGUAAUGGACACAAUAAUUCGGCUAUUCCUACAGGGUUGAAGGGUAGUAGUGAGUGUAUCCUUAGGACGGUACUCAGUUGUCUGAUCGAGAAAUGAAUGGUGUGAU